AACGAAAGCACCUUGCGUCAACAUGACCUCCAAGCUGGUUGUUGCUCUCUUAGCAGCUUUCAUGCUUUCUGCAGCUCUGUGUGAAGCUGCAGUUUUGUCAAGAAUUAGUUCAGAACUUCGAUGCCAGUGCAUAAAAACUCAUUCCACACCUUUCAAUCCCAAAUUAAUCAAAGAACUGACAGUGAUUGACAGUGGCCCACACUGUGAAAACUCAGAAAUCAUUGUAAAGCUCGUCAAUGGAAAAGAGGUGUGCCUGGACCCCAAGCAAAAGUGGGUGCAGAAGGUUGUGGAGAUAUUUUUGAAGAAAGCUGAGAAACAAAAUGCAUAAACAAACAAACAAACACAUUCUCCACGGUUUCCAAGAAUUCUUCAAUAAAGAUGCCAAUGAGACUUCAAGCAAGCAAAUUCACUUCAGCACUUCAUGCAGUGUGUGGGUCUGGUGUAGGGUUGGUUGCCAGAUAAAAUAGAGUAUGCUCAGUUAGAUCUGGAGAUUAGGAAAAACAAUGAAUAGGUUUUUUUUUCCAAUGUCCCGUGACACUGUCCCAUGCAAUAUUUAGACACACUUACUUUAAAAAUAUUAUUUAUUAUCUAUCACAAAUUCAAAUUUAACUGGAAAUCCUGGAUAUGUUUUGUAGUUAUUG